CAGAGGGUGGAACGCGGAGUUGGAAGUGGGGGGAGCUCGCGAGUGCGGGGGGCGAGAAGGGAGCUGGAAAGGGAGGGGAGGGAAGGCAGCUGCAAGCACGGAGUAGCGUGGCCUCUGGUGCGAGAGAGAGAGAGCGUGCGGUGGGUAGAGGAGGACGGGAGCAGUGUCAUGGAGGCCAGUGUCUGGCUGGUGGCUGUCCGUCGACCUGCUCCCUUGCUUCGUUACCUGACAGCGCUCCUCAGUGUUUCCAAAGCCGCGUCCACCGAUGGGUCGAGCCGCGAUCCUCUAGUGAGCUCCUCAAGCUCGCCACGCUCGGAUCCCACCACCACGUCGCCGAUAAGAAGUGGAACCGAAUCCGGGAUCCGGUUGAUCGUCCGCGGAAUCCAUCCCGACGUGUCCUGGCCAAUCGGAAACGGAAGCUGUGCGUGUCGCGAGUACACGGUUUCCGAAGGGAAACGGCGGGUGAACGAAGAAGAACGAUAUAUAUAUAUAUAGAGAGAGAGAGAGAGAGAGAGAGAGAAAGAGAGAGAGAAGGCAAGAGAGAAGAGGAGCGGAGUGUAAGAGGGAGAUAGAAAGAGAGAAAGAGGGAGGAAAGUGACACGUUACGAUACGAUCGAUCCAACGACCAAAGUUAUAACGUGCGUUUAAAACGAACACGGGUCCGAAAACGCGAUCGGGACAAUGUGCUCGUGACAAGAGGGAGCGCUCUUUUCUCUUUCUCUCUCUCGUUCGUCACAGCCGAGCCGUUUUAAGUUUCUCGUGUACGUUCAUCGGUGAAAGAAAGAAAGCUAAUUAGAUUCUUUCUCUUUCGACGACGACGACGACGAGGACGACGAGUGGCAAGCGAAGGAAGAAUAGGAAGAGGAAGAAGAAGAAAAAGAAAAAGAAGAAGAAGAAGAGGAAAGAGGAGGAGAAGGAGGAGGAGGAGGAGGAACGCGCAACAUCGAGCGAAGAAAGAUACACCCGAGGAGCCCGAGGAGGAAACGGAUAAAACGUGGGCGUUGAGUGAUUGUUGUCGGUGCUAGUUUCCAUUGGGAGUCAUGAGAGAUACCAGCGAUAUGAUGUCGGAGGACUCCUUGUCCGAGGACACGAUGAUGGACUGCGAGGGUGACGCAGGAGGGUUGGACGAGCUGGUCGACCUCGCGACCGACGUCGCGGAUUCAUCCCCGACGAUUCGAGAUGCCGCGGAGAGGUUACUGGCGUUGUUGGGCGUGGACGAGGAGGAGAACCUGGUGUCGUCGUCGUCGUCGUCGUCGUCGUCGUCGUCCUCCUCCUCCUCGGAGGACGAGGGCGUGGAGUUGGACGAGGAGCUCGAGGAAGAGGAACGGGAGGACGGCAGAUUGUUGCACCAGCUGGCCGCCUCUUUGGCCAACGAGUUGAAGCGGUCCCGCGAGAGGCAGACCACCUCGGCAGCCAGAGUCGCGACCACGACCACGGCCACGGCGACGGGCCUCGUCGACAGGGAACCGCGUCGAACGGAGGCGAUGGUGGUAGGGACGAGUUACCCGGAUCACGGUUGCCUUCAGGAUCAGAGCUUCAAGGGGGGGACGGGUAAUUGUCGCGACGUCGCUGCGUCGAGCAAAUGGCGGAGGAGGCAGGGGGAGUCGCCUCUGCCGUUCGGCAAACGGCGGCGGCGACCGCGUCUCGAGGGCCGUUCGAGGACCCCGGGCCCCGGGCAGGAGCCGGCCGAGCCGAGUUUCGUUCGAUGGACAGGCCGGGUUGUUCCGUCUUCGUCUUGGAACGCCGGCUGGGAUGCAUGCGCCACGGAGGCCCUCAGAUAUCUGGUCGAGGACGAGGGAUUGCCGCCUCAUCAUCCCACGGUGUUGGCCAUGAAGGACCAUCUGGAGGUGCAGAGGGAACGGGCCUUCCUUCGAUACGCCACGUAAACCAGUCGCUCUAGAUUUUUAUCCUCGAGACGAGGUACUUUUUUGUUCUUUUUUUUUUUUUUUUCUCCCCUCUUCCUCUUCCUCUUCCUCUCUGGAGGAACUGCUUCCAGCGAGGAACAGGAGAGCGUAAUCGCGAUCUGGGACGCGAUGGUUGGAAAGGAGAGCGCCCGUUCCACCCGUCUCGAGGUGGAAGUCGAGGGGAAGGUAUACGCGGGGAGGGGGAAGGGCAACCUCUUUAGGUUACGAUGCUCCCCCUGUGUGAAUCGGAAAGAAAAAAGGGGGAGGCAAUUUAGAAGAAAGGAAACAAUUGUUGAAUUCGUUGAUACUCGUUUUUUUUACUUUUUUUUUUUAAGAAAGACGAGAGGAAAAAGAUGAAACGUUCUUCGUUAACGUUCGACCUCCGUCUACUCCUCCUCUACUGGGGAUAGAUAGAAUAGACGGCCGUUGGUAGACAUUCACUUUUCAAUCAUCUCGGACCGGUGGCCGGUGAUCGUCCACCGGUUUGCUCCAUGCUCGAGCACACGGGGCUAUCUGUCGCGAUAAAAGAAAGGAAAAUAUAAAGAGAGGAGGAGGAGGAGGAGGAGAAGCAGCUCUUCCCAUUCGGAUUAAAAUGCAUUCAUGCCGCGUGUUCGUCAAAAGCAAACGACGGACGCGCUUUCACGAGAGAGAGAGAGGGAUAGAGAGGAGGACACCGGCGCUCGAUUCGUCGAGCGAAUUCCAAAACUUGCUCGCAGUUGCGGAGAGGAGUGGCCGAGUUGUUGCCUCUCGUUCCGGCCAACGAGAGAAAAUUACCGCGUGAGAAUCAAAAGUGAACGCUCCCUCCCCACCCCCUCUCUUCGAUAUUCUCUCUCGUGAUAUUCUCCUUUUUUCUUUUCUUCCUUCCUUCCUUCCUUUCAUUUUCAUUUUUCUCCCCCUCCCCUCCACGCGUUAGAAAGUACGUAUAUUAUUAAAAUAGAGAUUCUAAAAAAAGGUUCGAACAAAUUUUUAAAUUAGAAGUUAAGAACUCUUAAAGAAGCGCUUAAAGAAGCACCGCUAACUAACCGUGUAAGCGUACGAUUUCGUUCUUUUUCUUGUUUCUUUUUUUUCUUCUUUUCACGAAGAAAAAUAGAAAGAAAAAAGAAAGAAAGGAAAGAAGAAAAGGAAAGACGAUCGUCUGUGCGAUCCGUGACUCUUCUUCAGGUUCCUAUCCAUUGAUGAUGAUACGGUCAGAGGGAGGAUGAACUUAACAUCCAAUGGCGCGUCACGAACGUACGUAACGUAACGUCCUCAUUUUUUUCGAUUGCACCAAAUUGGUUAUACAUAUACAAAUUAAUUUUUUUUUUAUAUUCGUUCGUACAACGAGUCGCUUUUUCUUUUUCUUUUUUUUUUAAUCAUUUUUCUCUUUCCUUUUCUGUUUCCUCUUUCGUAUCGUUUUAGCGUUCGUUUUUUUUUUUUUAUUUUAUUUUUCAUAUAUACAUUAGUAUUUACCUAUAAUAUCGUUUUCUUUCUUUUUUUUUUUUUUUAAUAUUCGUUAUUUAUUGUGUAUCGCGUUAUUAUAUGGUUAAGAAAAAAAAAAAAAAUUCCCCUCUUCUCCCGCAACCCCUUUCGAUCCAUUGGACGUUAGAUUCGACUCCGCGAGAAACGAAUGUCAAUAAACGAUGUCAAUACGAGGGGGAGGUUCAUACGCUGGAUCGAUAUGAACGAGAGCAACGGGGGAGGGGGUUGUGAACCCCAGUUUAACCCCCCAGUUAACCAGAGUUUCUUAAUCGAUUGUCGAGACGUUUUUUCAAAAAAAAAAAAAGAAAAAAAACACACACAUACACACACAUAGACAAAAGAGAGAGAAACCUGUAGAUUAUUUUAUCGCGCAUCACUUUUGCCUGUUCGAUCCUCCUCGCGUGGAAGAAUUCGUUUUGGAGGAUCGAAAAGCGAGAAGAGACGUCGCCUCGUCGGUUUUGAAAUCAAAAUCAAAAAAAAAAAAAAAAAAAAAAAAAAAAAAAAAANAAAAAAAAAAAAAAAAAAAAAAAAAAAAACAAAAAAGCAAAUACAAAAAGAAAAAAAGAAAAACUAAAUAUUCCUAGGGCAAACUCCUGUAGAUUAUUUUAAGCGCGUGAUAAAUUCGUGCGAAUUGUUCGAACGUUGCAUCGCAUCUCGCCCCUAUCAAUCCUCUCGCAAUUUCUCACGUUUACCAAGUGCCUCCGUUUCAAUCGCUCGUUGAUCUUAUCCUUAACUAACAAAAAUCCUCGCUACCUUUUAAAUAAAGAGAGAGAGAGAGAGAGAGAGAGAAAACAAGAAAAGAAAAAAAAAAGAAAGAAACGUCUACUCUUGGAGAAAGAAAAAGCAGCGAUCAUGCUGUGCAAUGUUCGAUCGAUUCGAAAGGAAGAAAAAAAGAAACAAAAAAAAAAAAAAACAAAAAGAAGAUGGUAUACGAGAAUUUGGAUCCAAAUGUCGUCGAUGGAUUUAAACUCUAGAUAAAUAUUAUCGAUUCUGAAUCACGAUUCGUCGAUACGACGAAUAAUCUCUAACAAUCGAGCAAAUCGGAAUUGGAUAUAGACGGAGGAGAAGAGUUCAACGUCGACAUUCGGAUCGAUGAACAAACGUGAUGGGAAUUAUACAUAUAUAUAUAUAUAUAUAGAUUAUAGAGAGAUCGGCGAGUGAUUUUGGAUCGACGAUCACGACCUCGAUCGCGAGUCACCCGCCAUCUCGACGUAAACAAUAAUUUUUUUCCUCUACGCCUAUAUACGAGACGUGCCACACGUUGGGCGAUAAGCAACCCUUUCGUCGACGAUUCUCGUCUCUCGAGUCAGGAUCAAUCGGAGGAUCCUCGAUCGUCGUCCCUUGUACAUAUGUAUGAUAUCGUAUCGUUUUAACUUAUACACGACUACUUGUUACUUUUACAAUAAAUCAUUGUAGAUAACCAUCGAUUGACCAGUAAAUAAACGAGAGCUAAGUUAAAUAAUUCGA